CAACGAUGCGUUUAAGAAUCAGAAAAAGCUUUGUGAGUCUGUGACCACGUUACUUCCUCUUUGGUCUUCUUCUUCACUUUGUUAGGGUUUUUUUUUAUCAGAGAUUCUCGCAAUUUUCCUCAAUUUCGCUAAUUUUUCUUCACAAUGACUCAAGAUCUUGAGAUGAAAGAUCGUUCUACUCCUUCCAACUCUAUUUCUCCACCCGUUCCAUCUACUCUGCAGCAUUUGAAGGAGAUAGCAUCUCUUAUCGAGACUGGUUCGUAUUCGAAAGAAGUUCGUAGAAUUGCUCGUGCUGUUCGUCUUACAAUUGCAUUGAGGAAGAAAUUGACAGCUUCGGUUAUUUCAUCUUUUCUCGAUCAUGUUCUUACUCCUGGUUCUGAGCCUCAUGCCAAAUUAUCUGCUUAUCUUCCCAAGGAGGAUGAUCAUGAGAUGGAAGUCGAUGCUGCAACAUCUGCCAUUCAAACCCCCACAACUAAACAUUUGUUGCCUGAGAUAGAAAUUUUCUGUAACCUGCUUGUACUACUUUUUCUGAUUGAUCAGAAAAAAUACAAUGAGGCUAAAGCUUGUUCCUCAGCUAGUGUUGCUUGGCUGAAGAAUGUGAACAGAAGAACAGUCGAUGUUAUAGCAUCCAGACUGUUUUUUUACUAUUCAUACAGCCAUGAACUUACUGGUGAUCUUGCCGAAAUUCGGGGCAACCUCCUUGCGUUGCACCGGAUUGCUACCCUGCGCCAUGAUGAGUUGGGUCAGGAAACCCUUCUUAAUUUGUUACUUCGCAACUAUCUUCACUACAACCUAUAUGACCAGGCAGAGAAGUUGAGGUCAAAAGCUCCACGAUUUGAAGCACAUUCAAACCAGCAGUUCUGUCGUUAUCUCUUCUACCUCGGGAAAAUCCGGACAAUUCAAUUGGAGUAUACAGAUGCAAAGGAGUCUCUCCUGCAGGCUGCUCGUAAAGCUCCAGUUGCAGCUCGAGGUUUUCGAAUUCAAUGUAACAAGUGGGCUAUCAUAGUGCGUUUACUGUUGGGAGAAAUACCUGAACGGACUGUCUUUAUGCAGAAAGGAAUGGAGAAAGCACUGAGGCCUUACUUUGAGCUUACAAAUGCUGUCCGCAUUGGAGACUUGGAGCUGUUUAGGAACAUUGCAGAUAAGUUUGCAACCACCUUCAGUGCAGACGGAACUCAUAAUUUGAUUGUUCGCCUGCGGCAUAAUGUCAUCAGGACCGGUUUGCGCAACAUCAGCAUCUCCUACUCUCGCAUCUCACUAGCUGAUGUUGCUAAAAAAUUGAGGUUGGACUCACCAAAUCCUGUUGCUGAUGCUGAGAGCAUUGUAUCAAAGGCUAUUCGUGAUGGGGCAAUUGAUGCUACAUUGGAUCAUGCAAAUGGGUGGAUGGUGUCCAAGGAAACUGGAGAUAUUUACUCCACUAACGAGCCUCAGCUGGCUUUUAAUUCUAGGAUUGCCUUCUGUCUUAACAUGCACAAUGAAGCUGUUAGAGCACUUCGUUUUCCACCAAACACACACAAAGAAAAAGAAAGUGCUGAAAAGAGAAGAGAGAGACAACAGCAAGAGCAAGAACUGGCCAAGCAUAUUGCAGAGGAGGAUGAUGAUGAUUUCUGAUAAGAUUGUCUUUUUUUAUCCUACCAGUUGCAAUCGGGAUCUGUUUAUUUCCAACGUUUGCUUAUAUUUCCAUCUUGAAGAACUUCCAUUAGCAUUUCCCUUUCAAAAGAUGAAAUUUUCAUUUUCUACAUGGAAGACAUCCUACAGUGAUUUAUAUGGAAAUCUCAACAGUUUGUUUUCUUUCAUGAUGACUGCUAUGAUUUGUUUCUGUUGGGAUAAACAUGUUUUAGAAUCUUUGAAAAAAAGUUAAUUAUUUAGGAUGGUGUUAUUAA